UAACAUUUUUCACUAUAAAACAUCCAUGUGGCUAACUGGAAAAAAGACAGGACGGCUACAUUUUGAACACAUUUCUGGCUAACACUCAUACUGGGGAAUCUAGAGAAAAUGUCUGCAGCUAAAGUGAAGAUGCGGGGAAAAAAGAUGAGAAAUCAGCCUGCCAAUGUUCAAUAUCCAUCUUCUGCCAGCAGCACACAGAACGGAGGAGACACUUCGGUCACUGGUGGCGGUGGCAGUGAUGGACCAUCCGACGUCCAUCCAAAUACAAGCAGGUCAAAGAAACCGUACCAACGAGGUGGAUGGGUCCGAGGACAUCAGAAAGAUGGUGGAGGCUACAUCAAGGAGAUGCCCAAGUACAUCACUGCUGGAGCUUAUGCCAGGGCCAGGGCAGCAGAGGUGAAUGCCAUGGUGAAAGCUAUCACAGAGAAAACGGGCAGCUGCCAUGUGUUCGGAGCCCUGCCCAAACACAUGAGGAGACGGGCCAUGAGCCACAACAGCAAGCGGCUCCCUCGUAGACUGAGAGACGUGGCCAACAGAAUGCGAGAGAAAAGCCUCCAGGCCGGCUCGAAGAAGAAGAAAGAACAGGCAAAGAGCAAGAGCCGCAAGGCCCGCCGCCGGCACGGGAAUCUGCUGCUGGAGUUCAACCGCCGGCAGAGGAAGAACGUGUGGCUGGAGACACACAUAUGGCACGCCAAGCGCUUCCACAUGGUUAAAAAGUGGGGCUACUGCCUCGGGGACAGACCUACAUACAAAUGCUAUCGGGCUUGCUACAGGGCAAUGAGCAGCCACUGUCUGCUGCAGGACCUUUCUUACUACUGCUGCAUAGAGCUGCAAGGAGAGGAAGACAAGCUGCUGGCUUCUCUGUCACAGCUGACCAGCAAGGAGGCCGGUCCUACAUUUGCAGCAGCACUGUGUCUGUCAGGGCAGAGACAGGGCAGUGUGGUGGUGUACAGAGCAGGACAGUACCCUUUGCAGCCCCUGGGCCCUGUCACCUUCCUCUGGAGACCCCGUGCACAGGGCUCAACCCACAGGCAGCUGUGGAUUUGGGCUCAUCCCACCAUUAAACAGGACCUUCUUCCUGAGUUACAAACUGUGUGCCAGUGUUGUGAGGCUGUAGUUCCUCCAGCGGCCCCAGUGGUGACACCUGCUGAAGUUCUUCCCACCCUAGAACCAGAGCCCGAAAAGACCACUGAGGCCAAGCAGGUAACUGGAACCAAGAGAAAGCGAGCUUCAAAGGAUGCCAGUGGACUUCCUGCCAAGAAGAUUCUGGGAGAUGGAACCAGAUCUCCCACCACACCAGUUACCUGGAAGUCCAGCUCAAAUGGAAUAGUUAUAAAUGAUCUCACAAUGGAGAUUGUGCGCUAUCGCCUGAUUGGACCUCACUCUCAUUCUGUUCUGGCCGAAACUCUGGAGGCAGCUACAGACUGUGACGAAAUGGAUAAAUCUCAGCCCUCUCCCCUCUGGUGGCCUGAGCACUGCAAAGACGAGAGCAAGAUGAAUCUGCAUCAAAAACAAGCCGAUGUCUUUCACAAUCUGAAAGGCAUCUAUUCGACUGCAGAGCUCCCCUCAGGCACGGUGCUGGGUCUGACUGUAGAUGACCCCAGACUGACUUUACCAACAAAGAAGGUUAAAGCUUUGCCCUGUGUACAGCAGGCACAAGAGGUUGACAAGGAGAAGAGGAGGGAGCUGAUGCUGCGGGGAGUACCUGAACCCUGCUGUCAGAGUUUCCUGUGGGAGCAGUCUGUCCGGGACAACGUCACUGAUAACAAGAUAUCCGAGCAGGAGUUGAACCGUAGGAGAAGUGAAGUGCUGGUGCCGGGCUCUCAGCUGAGCCCCACUCCCCUGCAGGGCCGAGUCCCCAUCCUGCUGGUUCAUCAACCUGGCAAGCAGGUGGGACAUGAGAUGAGCAACUGGGGUGCUGGAUGGGACCUGCUGCUUCCUAAAGGGUGGGGCAUGGCCUUCUGGAUCCCACUGGUGUACAGAGGAGUUCGCAUCGGAGGGCUGAACAUGAGUCUGAAACACUCUCAGAAUAAAGGAGCCCCCCACUUCCCCCACGAUUUCCCAGACUGCCCUGGAGGCGUUCGUUUUCAGGAGGAGCAGGAGGCAGAGCUCCUGGACAAGUUUAAAAGGCGUCCGCCCGCCAAAAGAACCAAUUACAUUAAACAUGGCUGUCUGGCUCCGUUCUGUUGCCCUUGGCAACAGCUGGCCGAGGAGUGGAAGCUUAUCUUGAGGGAGGGAGAAGAGGAGAGGAAAGGAGACAGCCGGACCCAAAGCACAACAGAGGCUGACACAGUGAUGGAGGAGGAGAUGACAUCACAUGGAGAUAUCACUGUCACGAAGCCUCCGAGCCGCAUCACCGUACUGAGGAACAGAAAGUCACUGAGGCUGCUUUCUGGUUGGUGCAGACCGACGACAUCUAAAGGACAAAGGCCGUGCCGUGUUGGAGAGGGGCCACCUCUCGACCGCUCAGCUAUGACAUCAUUUCUCAUGGCACAUGGGAUGAGUCUGGUUUGGGUGCGCCUGUCAGUUCUAUCCAAGGGCAAACCAGAGCUCCACGCCAUGGUGUGUGUGCCAACCGCAGAAGACCUGAAGCUGCUGAACAAAAAGCCUGUGAGCAGCGGCCCCCAGGAGCCCCCACACAGAAACCAAUUCAAGAGUAGAAUCAGACACCGAAAGAGGGACCCCAAGAAAGCUGCUACACCAUCUUUGAAUACUGAUAACAAGACUGAGAGCCAAAAAGUAGACCCUCCCUCUGUCUCUGAACCAAACCCCACCACACCUGAAGAGCCGAAAUCAUCUCCCCAGACUUCCUUGCAACUCGUCUUCGGGCUGUGGCCGGAUCCUCUGCCGUGUGUCACCGCUCACUGCUCCCGGGUGACUCUGGGCUGGGUCACUCAGGGCGACUUCUCCCUGUCUGCAGGAUGUGGGGAGGCUCUGGGGUUUGUCAGUGUUUCCGGCCUCAUUAACACCCUCAUAAACCAGCCGAUGGAACACAGAGGAAUGUUGCUGCUGCGCAACCCCAAAUCCCUGCAAUACCGCUUUGCUAAAAUCAACAUAGAGGUCUGAUUGGAACAUCUGAGCCCAUGCAGAACUUUGCUUCCAGAAAGAACUAAACUUUUGUGUAAUGAAGAAAGAACAACACGACCUAUGUCAUGCAAAUGCCUAAAAUUAUAAGCAUUAAGACAAAAUGCUUCAUUUAGUAAGUGAAAGUGUACUCUAAGGCACUAGCUAAAGACAUAAAGGGAUAGUUUGCAUUGUUUAAAAUCAGGGUUAUACGCAGUUCCAAUCCAUAGUCUGUGUAUUGUAUACAGUAGAUGGUGGUCGGCACACCAGUGUGGAGAAAUUGAAGGAGUGCCGACAUUAAGCUAAUCAAACUGUAAGAUGGGGGCAGCAGCAAAACAUAAUUUUACCACUUAAAAGGAUGCUACAAUUUAAGUGCGUGCUAUAUUGACAGUAUUUUUUACCACUUUACCUUUCUGUCUGUUCUGUCUGGGUUAACCUGUGUUCUAAAAAAACAGUGCACAUGCACUUAUUUUGGUGGGAAAGGGUUUUAACACAAACUAUCUGAUCAAGGAAGCAUUGGAACAGCAGCUCCUGUGUUGAGGGAUGUUAAAUUAUUGUUUUCCUCACAGGAAUCUGGUUUAAAAGAGAGCAACAUAACAGCUUGAUUUCCCCAUUGCAAAUUUCUGUCUGAUGGCAAGGCAGUUAAAAUAUUCUCAAUAUUGCUUUCAUUUAUGGUACUAAUAUUUUUAGGUUAUGCUGUUUUCAGGUAGCAAAAAUGCAUAUCUCUGCUUCCCCUGUCCACAACAGUACUUUGCGUUCCGUGUUGGAGUCUUGCCUGCUCCCCUGAGGGCAUUGAGUGUAAUACACUGGUAACGCGUAAGUACCUCAACCAACCCUGCUUUAAAGAAAAAAGCAUCCCUUUAACAGCAUGCAUGGGGCAUGACUAUAAGCCACCUGGUGGAAGAUGAAAGAAUUUUUAGUUGUGUUUAUUUUUCUCUGGGAAGAGGUAUCCAUCUUGUUUUACUAGCAACACCAAUGCCUUUGUCAGGGGGAUGCUCUACAAAGGAAUCAUUUA